ACAUGGGCUGGGCCCUCUGACUGGAGACGCUUUGGGCGUAACCAACCGGGAGCAAAAGCCAGGGGCGUUUUCCGCAAAUACGCGAGCGGAAAUUAACCUAGACAAGCGAACGGCUCUCAAAGUAACGUUUUUGCCUUUUGUCUCUAAUACGGGACUCUGAAACUGUGCCUCCAGCGGCUCCGUCGUUUCAGAAGGAGCGGGGAGGAAGGCGCGGCCGGUGCCCCGCCCCCCCGCUCGGGGAGGAGCUGUGGUAGCGCCCGGGCGCGCGGUUCGAAAGGCGCGGGCAGCGCGCGCUGGGUCUGGGUGCUGCUCGCGCCCCCUCAGAGCCGAGUCCGGGUCGUGCUCGCGCCCCCUCAGAGCCGAGUCCGGGUCCGGGUCUGAGGGCUCCGCUCCUCCCGCCCAGCCGAGUCCGGGUCCGAGUCCGAGUCCUCCUUUCUCCGCUCCCUGAGCGCCGGGUCCUGCCGACCUCUCUCAGAGCCGGGCGGAAAUAUAGUUAUUUUGUUUUGUGGAGUAACAGUGAUUCUGAGAAAUGGACAACAACGUUUAUCAAGUUUAUGAGGAUGAAAUCCAGGCACUGGAAGAAGAAAUAAAACUAUUGACAGAAAAGUACGAAGAUAUCCAGCAAGAAUCCACCUUUUUUUCUGAGGAGGAGAUAUUGAAGUCAAUAAAAUCAUUCCAAAGAGAAACGCAGGGAGGAUCCAAGGGACAUGAAUCUCCAUCAGACCUGAAAGCUCAGCUUGAAAGUCUAGAAACAGAUCUGUCCUUUUUGAUGAAACUCACUGGGUUUCAGUUCACAAGUCAUUCCAAGAAAACAGUGGAAAAAACUAGAGACAGAACAGUGCAGAAGCACAGGUUGGCCGGGAAUUGUCACUCCCUGGCUUUUCAACUGGAAUUCCAGCUUCUCGAAGUGCAGAGCAAAGAGAAGGUGUCUUCUGUUAUUAGUGAUCUCAACAUCGUAAUGGAAUCUGGAGAAGAUUCUGGUAUGAGCAAGUUUUUGUCAAGCGUUGAAGAACGUGGAAAUCUCGCAACGUUUUUCAGAAGCCUUUCAACUUACGCGGAGUGGUUGGAGCAUCGCAGACGCACCUUCCUGCACUUCAAGGCCAAGUAUCCUGAGGUCGUGGCCCUUCCAGAAGGACUGCAGGGAGAUCAUAUCAUUCUGAGGAACCCCAAAGUUUCUGGGUUUGAACUGAUGAUUGUUUGGAAGAUCCAUCUGGAUGAAGAAGGGACAACUACACCUGUCCUGGACCUGCUGACCAAAGUCCCAGAGCAAGUCCUGGAGCAGAAGAUGACAAGAGUUGAGAGUGUCCCUGCCCGCUUCCGGAGCAUGGUGCUGCUCCUGGGCAUCGAGGCAGCCCUGGAGAACCUGGUCAAGGUGCUUGAAUGAGUGCCAGCAUUACUUACAGCAGGUAGCAAUUUCAAAAGUAGUUUUAAUUAAGAUAUUGUGUUACACAGUCUAUAAUUUUAUUGAAUAUAAACAUUAAGUUAUUUUCCAUUUAGAAACCAUACUCAUAAAACAUGCUAUCUGUACAAUUAUGGCACGUUAUAUAUAAAUCGUCAUGACAUGAAAAUAAAUACAGCCAUUUAAAUACAAAAAUGCCAAAUAAAAUAGUUACAUGUACAGAGUGAUUUCAUUAUAAAUUUAUCUUUCUGAAUCA